AUGACUGAACACUAUCCAUCCUAUAUUGUCGAUGCUUUUGCGAAAAAACGGUUUUCUGGAAAUCCAGCAGCAGUUUGUUUGAUUCCUCAGGUCAAGAAAGAUGAAGAGUACUUAAAAAUCGCCUCCGAACUGAAUGUGUCUGAAACAGCAUUUCCAGUUCCAAUUGGUUCUUCAGACUUCUCAAAGUGUUCUCAAUUUUCUCUUCGCUGGUUCACCCCAACAGCCGAAGUACCUUUGUGUGGACAUGCAACACUUGCCACGUCGCAUGUUCUGUUCAAUGAACUCGGAAAUCCAAAUCAAGAAAUCAGAUUCAAUACACAGACAGGAAUUCUCGUAGUCAAAAGAGAUGAUGCUGGAAAUGUUGAAUUGAAUCUGCCAGAAUAUGAUCUAACAUCCAUCAAAUUCCAUCAUACAGUAAACCCAUUGCAUGGCGUUUUCUCGGAAUUCAAAGCACCACACUUCCUUUUCGAUAUUGUCAAAUGUGUGGUUCCUACGGAGAUGAGUAUUGAAGCAUGUAUGUAUGCAGCAAAACCUCGAGUUCUUGUAGUUGUCGUCGAUCCUCUUACAACAAAAUUCGAGUUAGAAGCUGUCAAAAUUGAUGUUCCGAAAAUUCUUGAAAUUCAAAACAAUGGGUUCCUGCAAGGAAUCGCUCUGACCCUUCGCCCGAAGAAUGCACUAAUCCAAGGAUUCACUGAUUCCUCUGAUGAACCAUUCGACUACGCAUGCCGAUAUUUCGCUCCAUGGCUUGGAAUAAAUGAAGAUCCGGCUACUGGCCAUGCACAGUGUGCAAUGGGCCCACUUUGGUCAAAGAUAACUGGGAAAAAAGAGUUAUACGCUUUACAGGCAUUUCCAAAUCGCGGAGGAUUGUUCCGUUUGCGAUUUCAUGAUGGUCGAGUCAUCCUGAAUGGUCCAUCUGUAACAGUGCUUCGAGGAGAGAUCACAUUAGAUGAACCUACUUUUUACUGA